CCCCCCAAUCCUGAUUCCACCACUCCAUCCAUCCAUACAUCAUCAUUCAUCCAUCUAUUUCACCAUAGAAAAGAUAAAAGAAGAAAUUCCUUUAUCUCAUUUAUUAUUCAUCAAACCUUGACCCAAACAAUAAAACAUUUUUAAAAAAAUCCAUAUUCUUUGCCAUCCCUAUUUUCCUUAUCUUUCAUCUCAACCAACAACUCAUCUUUUGGUGUUUAUUUUCUCUUUCCUUUUUUUAACUUUAGUGUCAUUUCUUAUCAAUUUGUUUCUCUCUCCUUUUCCCCCCAACUAUAUAAUCCAUCUACCCUUCAUUUUCCUUCAUCUCAUUUCUCCAAAGUGGACACACACACACACAUAUACCAUCUUUUCUUUCCAUCUUCCUCCAACUAACAAAGCAAACAAGUCAUUACCAAGUUUUUUUCUUUUUUCUUUUUUAUUAUUUUAAUAUUUUUUCUCCUUAAUUAUCUCUCUCUUGUGACUUGGCUAGGUUUGAUUUUUCAGUUUUUUUUUUUUCUUUCUCCAUCUCAUCCCCAACAACAUUCCCACAACUUAUUUUGGUCUAAGAUCCUCACAUCCCUCCUUUGUCUCUUACCUUUUUGCACUAUAUAUUAAGCCCUUCAUUUCCUUCUCUCUCUUCACUAGAGUCAAGCUUGACAAUACUCUCUUUCUUUAUUAUCCCAUCCUUUUGUUUUUUUUAAAGGACCUUAUUUUACCUCCAUCCAAACACGGCCUUAUCAUUUAUCAAGUUUAUUUUAGUUCAUAAUGGAAGUUAGCGUUGCCGAAAGUAAUGAUAAUAUUAUUACUAACGUUGUUAGCAAGAAAAGAAACUGGGAAGAUGAAGAUGACUCAACUGAGUUUGAUUCUGUUUCCCCCGAGUCUAAGCGGCUUAAUGUUGCUACGGAUUCAUGCCUAGAUUUCCCGCCCGAGUCUGACCGAGUCGAACCGGAGGCGAAUCUUGACUCGGCCCGGUGUGACUCGCCGGUGUCGGAGGUCUGUCAGAUUGAUUACGGUGAUAACUCUGUGGAAUCAAACGAAACCGGGGAUGCGGAGGAGUCGGCUGCCUCGCCGGAGGUUGUGAAGUUCCGGGAAGACAUUUUGGAUAUUCUCGACGAGCCGGAGACGGUGCCGGACGCUCAGGACCUUGACUCUGUUAUCAGAAGCUUCGAGGAGGAGAUACUUCAAUUGUCGCCUUCCCUUUCCCACCGGGCGGACGGCGAGAUGACGUCAUUUCCCGGCGAGACACAGCCUGACCUCGGCUACCUUCUGGAAGCAUCUGACGAUGAGUUGGGCCUUCCGCCCACCGUCGCCGUCUCCGGUGACUCAUCGGAAAACCAGCCCAUGAAUCCGGCCGUCUCUAAUGAGGCAGUCGUCGACGGAAUCGGAGAUAUGGUUGGGUUUCAGGAUGAGUUGCCCUGUUAUGGCUCAUUCGACUUCGGAAUGGAGGAUGGAGUACCCGACGGGCAGAAUUACGGCGAAAACGGAAACGGCGAUUUCGUUACCGUUGAUGGGCUGUUUGAUUACGCUGACGGGUCGGAAUUUUCGGACUUGGCCUGGAGGCCGGAAUCUUUGCCCGCUUUGUAAAAGCAGAAGGUUCUGGCUGGGCCCAGAUUAGAAAUUAGAUGCUGUCGAUGAAAAUUAGUGUAGGCUUUGUAAAUCUGGGUAGAAUGCAGCAACAGGAAGGAAGGAAUAGAAGCUAAAUUAGGAGGGAAAAAAAAAUCAACUUUUAAUGCAUUUAUUUAUUAUGACGAGAUGCAGAAAUUUAUUUGAUUGGUUCAAUUGUUCUUUUAUUCUUUUUUUUUUUCUUACUUAAAAUUUUUGUUUGCGAAUUCUUCCGCAUCAUUUCGUAACGGGUAAUCAUAUUAGGCUCAUGCUAAUUGUACUUUUGAA